AUGAAGGAGGCAUUAAAAGAGAGUUAUGAAAGAUGCUGUAGACUAUGUGCCGAAGAACAAGAUGUCACAAUAAUGAUAUUCAGUCAAGAAGCAGAAGAUAUGCUUCUGCUAAACAAACUAAAUGAAUAUUUACUAAUUGAAGUAGAUGAAGACGAUAAGUUGCCAAAAAAUAUUUGUAUACAAUGCUGUACAAAACUACAAACAGUGUGCGAAUUUAUAGAUACAGCGCGAAAAGCACAAGAUCUACUCCUUAAACGAAGUUUAAUAUUAGAUGAUUUACUAUCUCAAAAAUGUGAAAUUUCUUCAAUAAAAUGUGAAGUGAAGUCUGAGCCUGAGGAUGAACCAGAUGAUGACAGUAAAUAUACGGCAAUAGAAGUUAGUGUAGAUCCCAUGAUGGUUUUGCAAAAUUCCCAAGAAUUGUUAUCACCAAACAACAAUGAGAAUGUCACAGUAGAAGAUGUUACCUAUUUACAUGGAGUGGAUGCAGAAAAUGUUACAAUUAAGUUAAUAAAAAAAUGUGAAAAAGUUCUAGAAGAAAAUUUGACAAAUAAUGAUGAUGAUGAUAAUGAUGAAGAAGAAGAUGAAGAUAAAAAACCAGAUAAACCAAAACCUUUUCCAUGCUUAACAUGUAAAAGAAGUUUUUGCACAGAUAUAGCAUUAAAAAACCAUACAUGGCAACAUAUUGGUGCAAAUACUCCCUAUGAGAAAUAUACAUGCAGCACAUGCAAGGAAACAUUUCAAUAUAAAAAUGCUUUGAUAGCUCAUUUAAAAAUACAUAAUGAAAAUGGUUUAUGUCAACUUUGUGGAAGAAUGUUCAGAUCACAAAAAAACUAUAUUGCUCAUAUGGCAGUUCAUUCGCCAACAAACAAAUCAUACACUUGCAAAAUUUGUGGACGUUCUUACAACACUUGGGGUAAUUUACGAACUCAUAGCAUUGCACACAGUAGUGAAAAACCAUAUCAAUGCCAUAUUUGUAAAAAAACCUUUAAGAGAAAUCAAGAUUUAAAGUUUCAUAUUAACCAACACACGGGAGCAAGACCUUAUAAAUGCCCAUUUUGUGACAAGUGCUUUGCAAGUUCCGGCAACUGUUACUCUCACAGAAGUCGAAUGCAUCCUGGGCGAUUUGUUGAAAGUAAAAUAAGAAGAUAUAAUACUUCAGUUAAAAAAGACAAAUCACCACCAUCUAAAUCGUCACCUCGACCUAUUGCUCCUAAAGGUUCUCUUACAGUUGUAAAAGGUGUAUUCAAAUAUCUAUGCUCAUUGUGUAAUGCCAGUUUUGUAAAAAAGGACAAUUUCACUUACCACAUGUAUCAGCAUACUGGUGAAAAACCAUUCCAAUGUUCUUUUUGCCCGGAACAGUUCGUUACUAGAGGAGGUCUGUUAUUACAUCAUGACAAGGAGCAUCCUGGCAAAAACCGACCGUUAGCUUUACUAUCUAAAAAUAUUUUGCUCAAAUAA